UUUUGCUAUUUUGCGACCAGUGUUCUGUGCGGUAGCUGUUAGUUCAACAUCGUGAAGCUCGAAUUGCAGUGGGGUGCGAUAAUUACUUUUUGAUUUUUAUUUUACACGUGGUGUCCGGAGAAUGAAAAACUGUCAAGUUCAAGAUGACCAUCAAGCGUAUAAACAAACAAACCAAGCAAAAGAAAUCGUUAGCGGAGAAAAAAGUUCUGUUCAAUAUCUCAACAGCGGCGAAGAGGAUCAAAUGGAAAUUCAAGGAUUCAUCUACAGUAACCUGAAAUCCAAAUUAUGUAUGAUUUUUUAUAUACUGACGUUAGGUACUUUGAGACUGUUUUUUCACUGGUAUCCACACUUACAUAUAAAAUCAACACACACCAGAAGUGACCUUAAAACUGCAGAUAAAGUUUUAGUUACGGAUAUUUAUAGAAAAUACAAAUCAUAUUUUGUUAAGGAAAUUAAAACGAUCCAAGCCAGUUCUCUAAGGAGUGUUGCUAAUCAAAAUGAAGAUAACAUCUUGGAAUGCAAUAUAUGCGACGGCAGACAAAAAAGACUAUAUCAAGCCCGAAUUAUCAAAUGUAAAAAAUUAUUGUAUGUAUGGGACGAUGACACCAACAGUUUUGUUAAGUUAGCAGGGUUUGACAAAGGUAUUACAAGAUCCAAAUUACAUUCUUUUAGCGGUCAAACAGAAGACAAGCAAGUUACCAAGAGAAUUUUAUAUGGAAAUAAUGAAAUAUCAGUCCCAGUGCAAACAGUAGUGACUUUGAUCCUUUUAGAAGCUCUCACACCGUUUUAUAUGUUCCAAUUGUUCAGCUUGAUAGUAUGGUUAUCUGAAAGCUAUUACUACUACACAAUUGCCAUAAUAAUAAUGUCAGUUGUGGGUAUAUCGACGUCAGUACUUCAAACAAGAAAGAACCAAGAAAAUUUAAGAGGUACUGUAAAUUACGUAGAUACAGCUAUAGUGUGUAGAGGUGAUGAGAUUUAUGAAGAGGUACCCACAACGGAAUUGGUACCGGGAGAUUUAAUUAUUAUACCACCAGAAGGAUGUGAAAUGCAAUGUGAUGCAGUAUUAUUAUCUGGAACUUGUGUUGUCAACGAGAGUAUGUUAACAGGGGAAUCUGUGCCUAUAACUAAAACUCCUUUACCGGAAGAUAAUUUGCGUUUUCAGUUAAAUGAAAAUGUAAAUCAUACUCUCUUUUGUGGAACAAAGAUCAUUCAGACUAAGAGUAAAGAGAAUGAAAAAGUAUUCGCCGUAGUCAUCAGAACUGGCUAUUUGACGACUAAAGGAGAACUUGUACGAAGUAUAUUAUAUCCACCACCAGCUGAUUUUAAAUUCGAAACAGACAGUUACAAAUUCAUAGGAAUUUUAUUUUUAAUUGCAACAUUAGGUGUAAUCUACACAAUUGUAUCAAAGAGUACACGACAAAUAAAACCACUGGAAAUUCUUAUAAAAGCCUUGGAUAUAUUCACCAUAGCUGUCCCACCGGCACUGCCAGCUGCUAUGACUGUUGGAAAAUUGUAUGCAUUGAAUCGAUUAAAAAAUAAACAAAUAUUCUGUAUAAAUUCGAGGGUUAUAAAUGUGUCAGGAUCUGUUGAUUGUAUAUGUUUUGACAAGACUGGCACAUUAACAGAAGACGAACUGGACAUGUGGGGAAUAGUACCUGUAGACAGUAAUGGAGUUAAAUCUUCCUUAAAAGAUGUUAAAGCACUACCCCCCACAUCUGAUCUUUUCAGAGGAAUGGCUACCUGCCACUCACUAUCAAUAAUCAAUGGCCAAUUAGGAGGAGAUCCUCUGGAUAUAAAGAUGUUUGAAUCAACGGAUUGGAUACUGUAUGAUUCCAUAGAUAGAACAAAACAUCACCAUAUUACCGUAAGACCAAAUUUAGAUGUUGAUAAUGUUCCAGAGAUAAAUAUAGUUAAACAAUUCCAAUUUUCUUCACAUCUUCAACGCAUGAGUGUAAUAGUUCACUCGUCAGAUACAGACCGUUUUACAGCUUUCUGUAAAGGUUCUCCAGAAAUGAUUAUGGCCUUAUCCAAACCUUCUUCGAUUCCAAGCAAUUUGAUUUCUAAAGUACAUGAAUACACUGUGCAAGGAUAUAGAGUCAUUGCUUUGAGCAAAAAAUUUUUAGACAACACUAGAGAGGAAGCGGUGAUUAAGAUGUUAAGAGAAGACGUUGAAUGUGAUCUAGAGUUCUGUGGUCUGAUUAUUUUGGAAAAUAAGUUAAAACCUCAGACUUCUGGGAUCAUUAAUAUGUUAAAUGAAGCCAAUUUAAAAGUUGUUAUGAUUACUGGAGAUAAUUUACAAACUGGAGUUCAUAUAGCAAAAGAAUGUGGAAUGGUUAAACCAUAUCAAAAUAUUAUAGAAGUUUGUGCUGAAGAACCUACAGAAUGUAGUAUAGCAUCUAUUAGCUAUAAGAUUAUUAGUCAAGCUGUUAUAAUGGUUAAACAUGAUAAUCACUUUGAUAUUGAAAAAAAUCUAAGAAAAGAUUUUGUUUUCGCUGUGACAGGAAAAUCAUGGGCAAAUAUUGUAAAAUACUUUCCACAAUUGGUUCCCAAAAUAGUCACGAAAGGAAUCAUAUUUGCAAGAAUGUCCGGCAUGCAGAAACAGAAUCUCGUUGAGGAAUUUAAAAAUUUAGGAUAUUAUGUUGCUAUGUGCGGGGAUGGAGCUAAUGACUGUGGUGCUCUCAAAGCUGCACACGUUGGUAUAUCUCUAUCAGAAGCCGAAUCUAGUGUCGCAUCUCCCUUCACUUCCAAAAUACAAGACAUAUCCUGCGUGCCUGAGGUCAUUAAAGAAGGAAGAGCAGCUCUAAUAACAUCCUUUGGAAUUUUCAAAAUUAUGUUAUGUUACAGCCUCAUAGAAUUCAGCACUGUAAUGAUUUUAUACAACAUAGAUGGCAACAUGACGUCUUUUGAAUUUCUCUUUAUAGACAUUUGCCUUAUAUUAAAUUUUGCCUCAUUUUUCGGAAUGACCAAAGCACAUCAAACCUUGGACAAAAUUCCUCCAGCAAAUUCAUUAAUGGGAUUUAUACCAAUAUUAUCCAUGAGCUUUUACUUAAUACUAAGUGUAUUUUUUCAACUGGUCGGUUAUUACUGGAUUCAAACAUAUGACUGGUUUCUACCUUUUAUUUACAAUCCCAAAGAUGACACAUUUUUAAUAUCAUACGAAAACUUUGCUGUUUAUCACGUUUCAGUAUUUCAAUACAUAACAAUGUGUAUAGUUUUCUCAAAAGGAAAACCCUACAGGAAACCUUUAUAUACAAACAUACCCUUCACUUUAUCGUUAAUAUCAACUACUUUAAUAUGUGCCUGGAUGGCAUUAUAUCCUACAGAAUGGUUAAAUAACAUUAUGGAACUAAAAAUAACACCUAUGGAAGGGAGGUAUGCUAUGAUCGUCAUAGCUUUAAUCAAUUUCAUUGUGUGUAUGAUCUUUGAGGAUAUAAUAGUAGACUCCUUCGUAAGUAAAAUUAUAGCUCCUAGAUUUAGAAACAUCGAAAAAUCGCAUAAACAGUAUUUAAAGGUUGCAAAGGAUAUAAAUUCAGAUAUAAACUGGCCCAGCAUAAGUGAUAAAGAAACUGUGAUUUUAAAUGAUUUUUCCAGGGAUGAAAUUUUGAAUGGGGUUGUAAAUAAUGGGUUUAUUGAUCAUGAAAAUAGUGUAAUUACAAAAUGUUAAAAACAAUUUGAUCAAACAUGUAUACUAUGUAUAUACGUAUGUCAAUUGCUAUAAUAAGCCUAUAGGGUAAUCCCAGUUUUUGAUACAUAAUCAUGAAGUAAUCUUGCUAAACUGUUACUUUGUGUAAAAGUUUAUUUUUCCUUGAAUAUAGGAUAAUAAAAUCUGUAUUUUUCCUAGAUAACAACUUAUGUAAAAACGAUUAUUUUUAUUUAAGACAGAUUAAUAAGAAUUUAAGAUAUUUUGUAUAAUACAAAUGUAAAUAAUGUAGAAAUGUAAAAUAUACUCAUAUUUAUAAU